AUCUAAGGCAAAAACCUUCUCUAUGUAGGUGAGCAACCAAUUGGUGUCAACGACGACAACGUUUUUCGUGUCGGAUCUCCGACCAGUUGAAAUGAGAUGGCGUCUUCACACAAUGUCGAGUUGGAAGCAGCAAAGUUUUUGCACAAGCUCAUUCAAGAUUCUAAAGAUGAGCCUGCAAAAUUGGCUACAAAACUUUACGUGAUAUUGCAACAUAUGAAAUCAAGUGGGAAGGAGCAUUCAAUGCCAUAUCAAGUUAUAUCAAGGGCGAUGGAGACAGUUAUCAAUCAGAAUGGUCUUGAUAUUGAAGCUUUGAAGUCAUCACGUCUUCCUUUGACCAGUGGGACUCAAAUGGGGGAUUCUUCAACAGCUCAAUGUGCAGGAUCUUCUUCACAGGUGGUUGGAGUUGCGAAAGAUCCCAAAAUGGGCUUGACUGAAAAUGAAAUGUCUAAAAUUGACCCAUUUACUUCUAGUAGGCCGCCUGUGGGCCCUAAUACUGCAGGACACGAUUAUUAUCAAGCAUCUGGAACUCAUAGAAGUAGUCAGUCUUUUGAUCACGAAAGUCCAUCUAGUUUGGACACUAGGUCUGCCAACUCACAAUCACAAGAAAGGCAAAAAGAUGGUAAAAAGGCUGCAACUAAGAGGAAGAGGGGUGAUUCAUCAAUUCCAGUGGAAUCACAAAAUGAGAACCCCCAGCAACAUGAUUCCCGGAACCCUGUGGUUAAUGCAAGGAGGGGCAAGAUGAAUAAGGUUGAAUCACCUGGGGGUUUUUCAGUUAAAGGUGGUGAGCUUUCUAACUUUAACAUGAUUCCAAGUGGUGGUCAAAUGGAACAUUUUUCAUCUUUGUCUGGCAACAUGAGUUCAGUACUUAGAGUCAAACAAGAGGGUCAAAAUGUUACUGAAAAGCCAAUGGAUUCAGCUAACAUUAGUAAUUCACUUUCGAGGGCUUCGGCUUCAAAAUUCCCUGAAGAGGUGGAAGUUUCCUCUUCUCAUAACACUUCAGGACAGCAGCAAGGGAGUUCCCUUCCUUCUACAAAUGACAUUCUUGCUUCUAGGGGUGUAUGGAAUAGAGCAGGAUUUCCGUUUGAAAGAUCUCAUGUUCCCAAGUUUUCUUCAAAUGUUGUUCCCAGUAACAUGAUGUCAGAAUCUGCAAUGCAACAUCCAACAGUAUCAUCUCUUGGAGGAAGUGCUUUUGGCAAGGUUCAUGGAGGGUUACCUGUUGGUCCAAGUUCAUUCCCAGCAGGAGAAUUGGGCUCCUCAAUGCUUAACCCAGCAGAAGCCCAAUUGUCUAAUAAUCAAGGGGAUGAAACAUCUAUGGCGCAUCCUAGUGGAAAGGUUAUGGAGCAUGAUGGAAGUCCAAAUACAUUAACAGAUUCAAAUAGGGUUGUUCAGGUUGGCCGCCAAAAUAGCAUUUCAGGUACAACUAUGCUUAGAACCACACCUUCUAGAGAUACAGGUAAAUCUUCUAUUUCCCAGGCCCCUGCAUUCUCUAACAUACCUUUUAAGGAACAACAGCUGAAGCAACUCCGAGCCCAGUGCCUUGUCUUUUUAGCUUUCAGAAAUGGUUUGAUGCCAAAGAAACUGCAUCUUGAAAUUGCACUUGGAAACGUCUUUCCAAAAGAAGGUGGCAAUGUAGAUGUUUCACGCAAGGAGCUCAUGGACCACCAUGCAGCAAAACCACAAUCGUUGAAUGAUCAAAGUAGCAUUCCUGGAGUUGUGGCACCAUUUGGAAGGCUUAGUAAUGCCAGGGAAACUGAUCGAAUCCCUUCAGGUGCUUCAUCUUCUGGAAGAAUCCUGGAGGUUGACUCCUUGUCCAGGGAGGCUGAGAACUCAAAAUUGAUGGAGGACAAAAGUGGCUUACCUCCUGAUCACUUUGUACUUGCUGAAGGGAAACAACUACUAGCUACAAGAAAAACAGAGGCUGAAAUGCAGAAUCAAGACAACCUGGAAUCUCAGACAUUUUUAGCAACUACAUCACAGCAGCCUGAAUAUGUGAGUACAAGGGGCAGUUUAGCAAUUAGUAACUCUGUGGAUGACAUGGAAAAUGGCCAUCUGUUGGUUGGUCGGGCUAACGUUGCCUCUUCUGUAAUGGUAAAUAAACAGAUGAACUCUGAGAUGAAUAGCUGGACUGGUAUUGGCAGUCAGAAUGAGGUUUCAAGAAGACCCCUACCAGCCUCUGGUGUUCAGUAUGAAUUGGGGCCAGAAAGAAAAGACAAUGCUCCUACUCAGUUUCAAAGUGUUGUUAACAGUGGUCUUUCAGGAUAUCAACACGCUGAUGGUCACUUGUCUUCUUUGUCAAUGAGGGAGCAGUGGAAACCAGUUUCAGGAACUAACAAUGAUCAUCGUGCAAUCAUUUCAAUGAAGGAUGCUAGUUUGAUGCCAAAACAUGUGUCUCAGGAUGAUUCAAAGUUUUCAGAUGGGAACAAAGCACUUCCAGUUGAUAACUCAUUUAGAAAUGGCAUUGCUUUCACGGCAGAGAAUAGUGAGGAAGAUAAGUCACUGCAUUCUAAUAUGCCACCUGCUCCGAAGUAUACCAUGUCAGAGAAAUGGAUUAUGGAUAUGCAGAGAAGGAAACUAUUGGCUGAGCAAAGUUGGAUAGUAAAGCAGCAAAAAACAAAGCAAAAAAUUUCUGCUUGUUAUGAUAAGUUAAAGGAAAACGUGAGCUCAUCUGAAGAUAUAUCUGCCAAAACCAAAAGUGUCAUAGAACUGAAGAAGCUGCAAUUGUUGGGACUUCAACGUCGUCUCAGGAGCGAUUUUCUAAACGAUUUUUUUAAACCAGUUUCAACUGACAUGGAUCGGUUGAAAUCAUAUAAGAAGCAUAGACAUGGUAGAAGGAUAAAACAGCUCGAAAAACAUGAGCAGAAAAUGAAGGAAGAGAGACAAAAGAGAAUUCGUGAGAGGCAGAAGGAGUUCUUCAGUGAGAUAGAAGUCCACAAGGAGAGGCUUGAUGAUGUAUUUAAAAUUAAGAGAGAACGCUGGAGGGGUCUUAAUAAAUAUGUUAAGGAGUUCCAUAAAAGAAAGGAACGUAUUCAUCGUGAGAAGAUUGACAGAAUCCAGCGUGAGAAGAUUAAUUUAUUGAAGAUAAAUGAUGUGGAGGGAUAUCUGCGAAUGGUGCAGGAUGCCAAAUCCGAUCGGGUAAAGCAACUUCUCAAAGAGACUGAGAAAUAUCUUCAAAAGCUUGGAUCCAAGCUGCAAGAGGCUAAGACUGUGGCAAGUCGUUUCGAACAUGAUAUGGAUGAAACAAGAGCUCCAAUAAUUGAAAAGUAUGAGCCAGCUGUGGAAAAUGAAGAUGAAAGUGACCAAGCAAAGCAUUACUUGGAAAGCAAUGAGAAGUACUAUUUGAUGGCCCAUAGUGUUAAGGAGAGUAUUUCAGAGCAGCCAAAUUGUCUUCACGGUGGAAAACUGAGGGAGUACCAGAUGAAUGGACUAAGGUGGUUGGUAUCACUUUACAACAAUCAUUUGAAUGGAAUCUUAGCUGAUGAAAUGGGCCUUGGAAAAACUGUCCAGGUUAUUGCUCUAAUUUGUUACCUUAUGGAAACCAAAAAUGAUAGAGGACCCUUUUUAGUGGUUGUACCAUCGUCAGUUCUACCUGGGUGGGACUCAGAAAUCAACUUUUGGGCUCCUGGAAUACUUAAGAUUGUAUAUUCUGGGCCUCCAGAGGAGAGGCGUAAAUUAUUCAAGGAAAAAAUUGUGCAUCAGAAAUUCAAUGUGCUUCUGACAACGUAUGAGUAUCUGAUGAACAAGCACGAUAGACCAAAACUUAGCAAGAUACAUUGGCAUUAUAUUAUAAUUGAUGAAGGCCACCGUAUAAAAAAUGCAUCUUGCAAGUUGAAUGCGGACUUGAAGCACUAUCACAGUUCUCACAGAUUGUUGUUAACUGGAACACCACUACAGAAUAAUCUUGAAGAACUUUGGGCAUUACUCAACUUUUUGUUGCCGAAUAUAUUCAAUUCAUCAGAAGAUUUUUCCCAAUGGUUCAACAAACCAUUUCAAAGUAAUGGAGACAGUUCACCUGAUGAAGCUUUGUUAUCUGAGGAGGAGAAUCUGUUAAUCAUAAACCGUUUGCACCAAGUUCUACGACCCUUUGUACUUCGGAGGCUGAAACACAAGGUUGAAAAUGAACUGCCUGAAAAGAUUGAGAGACUUAUAAGAUGUGAGGCUUCCGCCUAUCAGAAGCUGUUAAUGAAGAGAGUUGAAGAAAAUCUUGGUUCAAUUGGAAAUUCAAAGGCUCGGUCGGUUCAUAACUCUGUUAUGGAGCUUCGAAAUAUAUGCAAUCAUCCGUAUCUCAGCCAGCUUCAUGCAGAGGAGGUUGACAAUUUAAUACCUAAGCAUUAUCUGCGACCAAUUAUUCGACUUUGUGGGAAGCUUGAGAUGCUAGAUAGAUUACUCCCAAAACUGAAAGCAACUGAUCAUCGGGUUCUUUUCUUUUCCACCAUGACUAGGCUGCUUGAUGUCAUGGAGGAGUAUCUCACCUUUAAACGAUACCCAUACCUUAGGUUGGAUGGGCAUACAUCUGGGGGUGACCGAGGUGCCCUCAUUGACAAAUUCAACCAACAAGAUUCACCCUAUUUUAUAUUUCUUCUCAGCAUUCGUGCUGGUGGUGUUGGAGUUAAUCUUCAAGCUGCUGAUACUGUGAUCAUAUUCGACACCGACUGGAAUCCACAGGUUGAUCUGCAAGCACAGGCAAGGGCUCAUAGAAUUGGCCAGAAGAGGGAAGUGCUUGUUCUUAGAUUUGAAACAGUUCAAACUGUUGAGGAACAAGUUAGAGCUUCAGCUGAGCACAAACUGGGAGUUGCUAAUCAGAGUAUUACAGCUGGUUUCUUUGAUAAUAAUACAAGUGCUGAAGAUCGUAGGGAAUACUUGGAGUCUUUGCUGCGGGAGAGUAAGAAAGAGGAAGCUGCACCUGUAUUAGAUGAUGAUGCUUUAAAUGAUGUCUUAGCCCGCAGUGAAUCUGAGAUUGAUGUAUUUGAAUCAGUUGACAAACAAAGGCGAGAAGAAGAGAUGGCAAUGUGGAAAAAUUUGGUUGGCGGACACGGGAUGGAUGGUUCUGAGCCUUUACCUCCCUUGCCUUCUCGCCUUGUUACUGAUGACGAUUUGCAAGUAUUCUAUAAAGCAAUGAAGAUAUUUGAUGUACCAAAGACUGUGGUAACACCUCAAGUUGGUGUAAAGCGGAAGAAUGAGUAUCUUGGGGCCCUUGAUACUAAACAAUAUGGAAGAGGCAAGAGAGCAAGAGAGGUGAGGUCGUAUGAAGAGCAAUGGACAGAAGAGGAAUUUGAAAAGUUGUGUCAAGCUGACUCUCCUGAAUCCCCUAAGUUGAAGGAGGGAGGAACAGAAAAGAACUUGCCAACAGUCACCAGCAGCUCUACAGUAUCUCUUGAUAUCACAGAACCUCCUGCUGUACUCACUCCACCCCCUUCACCUCCUGCACCCCUUCCACCACCUCCACCUCCUCCACCACCCUCUGUGGAUCCUCCACAGUUACAGCAAAACAAAGAGGUAACACCACCAUCUAAGCGGGGUCGUGGAAGGCCAAGAAGGGCAGAUAAAUCUCCAAUUGCAAUGGUUAUCCCAGCAUCUUCUGGAACUGGAAAAGUGGAGACAGGGUUACAGAGAGAUACAGUGACCAGCCAUUCAGCAACCUUGGAUCCUGGUUCAUUGCCUGGAUCUAUUGUUGUCAGUGGAUCUUCGCAACAUGUUGGUGCAGGGAUUGCUCUCAGCUCUCAGGCAACCUCCGAGUUCCAUCCUGCUACUCCUGGCUCACAAUCUGCACCUGGAUGCCCUUCCAUACCUGUACAAUCAAGGGGACGAGGCCGGAAGAUUCAGAGUGGUGAACAAGCAACCCGGCGUAGGGGAAAGAAACAUGGUUCAGUGUUACCUGCUGUUCAAGAUGGUUUAUCAAGUACUGGUCCUGAUCCAAAAAUAAAUGAGCAAUCCCAGAGUAAAUCUGCGAAUCCUGCUGGGAGCCAGCCUAUUGCCAUAGUUGCAACUGGUUCUAGCAUUCCUGUGGCUCCUGUUCCUGCUUCUUUACCUAGUUCUACUGUUAAAGAUCUUAGUGGAACUAGUGAUCCUUCUGUUGUAGGGGAUGCUUUGAAUUCUGUACCAGUCACUCAUGUAACAUCUGUUCCUACUGCACCUCAACCCUCCCUCCCCUGUCCUCCAGCACCCAUGCAAAAUAAAGGGCAGAGCAGGAAGACUCAAAGCGGAGUGGUGACCCCCCGGCGUAGAGGAAAGAGACAGGCGGUGAUAUCGCCUCCUGUUCCUGCUGGUCUGGAUACGAAAUCAGAUCUUCAAUCAGAGGAUAACCGUGGGGAUCUGUCAGGAAGUAAAGCUGUUUCAAUGAGAAGUAAACAAGAUAUCGUGUCUCAGGAAUUGUCAAAUGCAAUUCAGAAGCAACCAUGUGGUGUUGGUGAACCUGCUGAUACUUCUGGUCAGGAAAAAAAAUCUAUUGAGCAAUCAGAUAAUGCUGUCCAGCACCCACAUCCAACAAGCUCAUUGGCAUUGCAUGAUACCAGUGGCAGAUCUUCUGCUCCUGCUUCUGUACAAGUUCCAAGUGCUGCUUUAUCUGAUGUUGCUUCAGGGUCAAGGGAGGAUUUAUCUGAAAAUGGCUCUUCAAAAGGUGGGGCUGUUCCAACUACAGCUGUAUCAAGUAAAACUGUUGUUGAGGUGAUCAAGAACCAAAAUUCCAAGGACAAAGCUUGUACCGAUAUAUCAAAUCUGAAGACUGCAUCUCAAGCUGCUGACUCUGUAGCUGACUCUUUUCCUGGUUCUACUGCUGUAGAAGACAUCAAUGAAAUGAUGCAGCCAGUUGCUGGAGCAACUGCUCCUGGGUCUCUGUCAAUUUCUACUGACCCUUCCGUUGCUGCAGCUUAUCAAUCUACCCCUUCUCAGGCUCCAGAAUCUGUUCCAGUGAAAAGGCAAGGUCGUAAAACUCCUAGCAGAGGAGAAGCACCUAGGCGAAGGGGAAAGAGACAGGCUUUGGGAUUAUCUGCAACUCCUGAUGGGUCUGUUGGCCUAGAUCCAAAAUUAAAUCAGCAAUCACAUAGCAAACCCAGGGAUAUGAUAGGAAGCAAAACCAUUGCCCCAAGAAAUAAACAAGAGAUUGAUGCUAAGGAAUUGACUGAGGUUAUCCAGACACCUGUAUGCGAAGUCCCAUCUCCUGGUGGUUUAGCUGGUCAGGAUCCAAAACGAAAAGAAACAUGUACAAACCCAGUUCUUGGACGAAUUCAGACUGCUGAUGUAACUGAUGUUGCUCGUGUCAUGAAGGAGAUUUUCUCUGAAACUUGCUCAGCAAAAGCUAAAGCUGGUGAAUGUUCCGGGAUUGAAGCUAGGGAUAAUACUACGCCUGUAUCCAGUAACAUCCUUCCCGAGGUGGCCCAAAACCAAAGUUCAAAGGAUAAAGCAUGUCCAGAGAUGCCAACUUUGGAAACAGUCCCUCCAGGUUUGGACAUUCCCAUCAAUAAGAAUAAAGAGCAGCCUGGAAUAGAAAGUGAUGCAACUUUUAAAGGUGACACUGAGAUUUUCUCUGAAACUUUCUCAUCAGUGAACCUGUUCAAAAGGUGCCCCAAAAUCAAGUUCAGAUGUAAAGCUGCCCCCAUGUCGCAACUUGGAACUGACCCUCCUGGUUCUGACGUUCUGAUCAACAAGCAUAAGGAGUUGGAACUGAAAGUGAGGUCGUAUGAAGAGCAAUGGACAGAAGAGGAAUUUGAAAAGUUGUGUCAAGCUGACUCUCCUGAAUCCCCUAAGGUGAAGGAGGGAGGAACAGAAAAGAACUUGCCAACAGUCACCAGCAGCUCUACAGUAUCUCUUGAUAUCACAGAACCUCCUGCUGUACUCACUCCACCCCCUUCACCCCCUGCACCCCUUCCACCACCUCCACCUCCUCCACCACCCUCUGUGGAUCCUCCACAGUUACAGCAAAACAAAGAGGUAACACCACCAUCUAAGCGGGGUCGUGGAAGGCCAAGAAGGGCAGAUAAAUCUCCAAUUGCAAUGGUUAUCCCAGCAUCUUCUGGAACUGGAAAAGUGGAGACAGGGUUACAGAGAGAUACAGUGACCAGCCAUUCAGCAACCUUGGAUCCUGGUUCAUUGCCUGGAUCUAUUGUUGUCAGUGGAUCUUCGCAGCAUGUUGGUGUAGGGAUUGCCCUCAGCUCUCAGGCAACCUCCGAGUUCCAUCCUGCUACUCCUGGCUCACAAUCUGCACCUGGAUGCCCUUCCAUACCUGUACAAUCAAGGGGACGAGGCCGGAAGAUUCAGAGUGGUGAACAAGCAACCCGGCGUAGGGGAAAGAAACAUGGUUCAGUGUUACCUGCUGCUCAAGAUGGUUUAUCAAGUACUGGUCCUGAUCCAAAAAUAAAUGAGCAAUCCCAGAGUAAAUCUGCAAAUCCUGCUGGGAGCCAGCCUAUUGCCAUAGUUGCAACUGGUUCUAGCAUUCCUGUGGCUCCUGUUCCUGCUUCUUUACCUAGUUCUACUGUUAAAGAUCUUAGUGGAACUAGUGAUCCUUCUGUUGUAGGGGAUGCUUUGAAUUCUGUACCAGUCACUCAUGUAACAUCUGUUCCUACUGCACCUCAACCCUCCCUCCCCUGUCCUCCAGCACCCAUGCAAACUAAAGGGCAGAGCAGGAAGACUCAAAGCGGAGUGGUGACCCCCCGGCGUAGAGGAAAGAGACAGGCGGUGAUAUCGCCUCCUGUUCCUGCUGGUCUGGAUACGAAAUCAGAUCUUCAAUCAGAAGAUAACCCUGGGGAUCUGUCAGGAAGUAAAGCUGUUUCAAUGAGAAGUAAACAAGAUAUCGUGUCUCAGGAAUUGUCAAAUGCAAUUCAGAAGCAACCAUGUGGUGUUGGUGAACCUGCUGAUACUUCUGGUCAGGAAAAAAAAUCUAUUGAGCAAUCAGAUAAUGCUGUCCAGCACCCACAUCCAACAAGCUCAUUGGCAUUGCAUGAUACCAGUGGCAGAUCUUCUGUUCCUGCUUCUGUACAAGUUCCAAGUGCUGCUUUAUCUGAUGUUGCUUCAGGGUCAAGGGAGGAUUUAUCUGAAAAUGGCUCUUCAAAGGGUGGGGCUGUUCCAACUACAGCUGUAUCAAGUAAAACUGUUGUUGAGGUGAUCAAGAACCAAAAUUCCGAGGACAAAGCUUGUACCGAUAUAUCAAAUCUAAAGACUGCAUCUCAAGCUGCUGACUCUGUAGCUGACUCUUUUCCUGGUUCUACUGCUGUAGAAGACAUCAAUGAAAUGAUGCAGCCAGUUGCUGGAGCAACUGCUCCUGGGUCUCUGUCAAUUUCUACUGACCCUUCCGUUGCUGCAGCUUAUCAAUCUACCCCUUCUCAGGCUCCAGAAUCUGUUCCAGUGAAAAGGCAAGGUCGUAAAACUCCUAGCAGAGGAGAAGCACCUAGGCGAAGGGGAAAGAGACAGGCUUUGGGAUUAUCUGCAACUCCUGAUGGGUCUGUUGGCCUAGAUCCAAAAUUAAAUCAGCAAUCACAUAGCAAACCCAGGGAUAUGAUAGGAAGCAAAACCAUUGCCCCAAGAAAUAACCAAGAGAUUGAUGCUAAGGAAUUGACUGAGGUUAUCCAGACACCUGUAUGCGAAGUCCCAUCUCUUGGUGGUUUAGCUGGUCAGGAUCCAAAACGAAAAGAAACAUGUACAAACCCAGUUCUUGGACGAAUUCAGACUGCUGAUGUAACUGAUGUUGCUCGUGUCAUGAAGGAGAUUUUCUCUGAAACUUGCUCAGCAAAAGCUAAAGCUGGUGAAUGUUCAGGGAUUGAAGCUAGGGAUAAUACUACGCCUGUAUCCAGUAACACCCUUCCCGAGGUGGCCCAAAACCAAAGUCCAAAGGAUAAAGUAUGUCCAGAGAUGCCAACUUUGGAAACAGUCCCUCCAGGUUUGGACAUUCCCAUCAAUAAGAAUAAAGAGCAGCCUGGAAUAGAAAGUGAUGCAACUUUUAAAGGUGACACUGAGAUUUUCUCUGAAACUUUCUCAUCCAAAGAUAAAUCUGAUGACCCUUCUGGGAGUGAAGAUAAAAAUGCUUCUAUCAUAGCUGUAUCCAGUAACAAUGUUGCAGAGGUUGUCCAAAACCACGGUUCAGAGGAUAAAACAUGUCCAGAGAUGCCAACUUUGGAAACAGCACGGCCAGGUUUUGACUCUGCCAUCAACACACAUGAGGACCAAUUUGAAACUGGAAAUGACGCAAAAAGUAAACAUGAUAAGGAGAUUACAUCCGAAACAUGCUCAUGUAAAGCUGGUGUACCUUUUGAGAGUGAAGGUAAUGAUGAUCCUACUAUGGCUGUAUCCAGUGAACCUGUUCAAAAGGUGCCCCAAAAUCAAAGUUCAGAUGAUAAAGCCUGCCCACAUGUGCCAACUUUGGAAACUGACCCUCCUGGUUCUGACGUUCUAAUCAACAAGCAUAAGGAGUCUGGAACUGAAAGUGACCCAAAAGUUACAGGUGACAAGGAGAUUUUCUCUGAAACUUGCUCAUCAAAAGCCAAAGCUGGUGAUUCCUCUGGGAGUGAAGUUAACCAUAUUGUGAAAAUACAAAGUUCAGAUGAUAAAGCCUGUCCUGAAAUGCCAACUUUGGAAACUGUCCCUCCUGGUUUUGACAUUCUAAUCAACAAGCAUAAGGAGUCUAGGACUGAAAGUUAUGCAAAAGUUACGGGUGACAAGGAGAUUUCCUCUGAAACUUGCUCAUCAAAAGCUAAAGCUGGUUACUUUUCUGGGAGUUACAGUAUGAAUGCUCCUAAUAUAGCUGUAUCCACUAGCACCAUCAUGGAGGUGGUCCAAAACCAGAGUUCAGAAGAUAAAACUUGUCCAGAGAUGCCGAUGUUGGGAACAGUCUCUCCUGAUUCUGACAUCACAAUUAAUGAGCAUAAAGAACAAUCUGGGACUGAAAGUGAUGCAAUUAUUAGAGGCAACAAUGAGAUUGUCUCGGAGACCUGCUCAUCAAAAGCUACAGUUGGAGAUUCUCCUGGUAGUGAAGGUAUGGGUGCUCAUGGUAUAGCUGUAUCCGGAAAUACUGUUUCAGAGGUGGUCCAAGACCAAAGAUCAGAGGAUAGAACCGGUCCAGAGAUUCCAACUCUGGAAACAGCCCCUCCAGAUUCUGAUAUUCCAAUCAACAAGCAUGAAGAACAGCCUGGGACCAAAAGUGAUGUAGAAAUUAAAGGUGACAAUUCUCUGUUCUCUUGUGAGCCUCAGGUCUUACAAACUGAAGCUUCCAAACCUGAAAGUAAGACUGAUGAUGGUUCUGCUGAGAACUUGGGUGAUUUAAGAGAACCAAGACAGCUUCCUGAUGAGAAAUCAAUAGUGGAAAGUACCUCAGAGAUCAGUGGUACAGUUCAGCUCAAUGCUAUGCAAAAGAAAGAUGUUCUUGCUCAGGAAUUACUUGCACCUGACAGUGAUCGUGCAGGUUCUAAUAUAGGGUUAUCCAACAGUCAGGUUCCCAGCGUGGUGCCGCUUUCUGACGCGACUGAGAAGGAUUUUGGGGACACAACAAUGACUUCAUCAAAUGAUUCUCCCAAAUCAUCUUCUGUUGGUGUUAGCCAUGCUGACUGUCAUGACAGAACAAGCACCCUUGUUUCCACUGCAGCAGAGCCUCCUAGCUUAAUUAGGCCUUCCUCAAAUGUCUCUCAAGAAACUUCUCUUCUUGCUGUCAGCAGCAUUGAGGCUUCCUCAAUUCUGACAUGUGAUCAAAUGGAUGUUUCUAAGGAUAGUGAGGUAAUGCCAGAGAACUUAUCUGAGGACUUAGGUCCACCCUCAUCCGCAGUAGCAUUUGAGGAAGAUAAGGUUGAGGGCUGCCCAGAGAAAGAUUCUGUUUGCAACUUAGUGGAACUAGAUAAUUCAAAGGGGUCUGAAGCAGUUAAUCAAAAGGAUGUUUCUCAGAGUGGUGAGGCUGUGGCAGAGAGCUUAUCUGAGGAUUUGGGUCUGCCAUCACCCAGUGAGAUUGAGGAAGAGAAGAUUAAUGAUUCAACUCAGAAGGAUAUAGAUAGCAGCUUAGUCGUGGUACUAGAUGAUUUAAAAGGGUCUGUAGGUGAAGCAGAUGACCAAAUUAAUGUUUCUCAGGGUGACAGGGGUUCGGGUCUGCUUUCAUCCUUGGUGAUUGAGGAAGUAAAGAUAGAUGGUUCCUCUGAGAUGAAUAUAGUUGGCAACUUAGUGUCAGCAGAGGAUUCAAAAGCUUCUGCAGGUGAAGCAGCUGAACAAAUUGAUGUUUCUCAGGGUGGUGAUGUCAUGCCAGAGAUCUUAUCAAAUGACUUAGAUCUGCCUUCAUCCUCCAUGGUGAUUGAGGAGGAAAUAAUUGAGGGAUCCUCUGAAAAAGAUCCAGUUACCAGCAUAGUGUCAGUGGAGGAUUCAAAAGGUUCUUUAGGUGAAGGAGGUGAAAAAAUUGACGUUUCUCAGAGUGGUGACAUCAUGCCAGAGAACUUAUCAAAGGACUUAGAUCUGCCUGCAUCCUCCAUGGUGAUUGAGGAAGAAAAAAUUGAGGGAUCCUCUGAAAAAGAUCCAGUUAGCAGCUUAGUGUCAGUGGAGGAUUCAAAAGGUUCCAUAGGUGAAGCAGGUAAUCAAAUGAAUGUUUCUUCGGGUGCUGGGGUUGUGCAGGAGAACUUAUCUGAGAAUUCUGGUCUGCCUCUAUCCUCCAUGGUGAUUGAGGAAGAAAAGAUAGAUGGUUCCUCUGAGAAGGAUAGAGUUAGCGACUUAGUGCCAGCAGAGCAUUCAAAAGCUUCUGUAGGUGAAGCAGGUGAACAAAUUGUUGUUUCUCAGGGUGUUGAUGUCAUGCCAGAGAAUUUAUCGAAGGACUUAGAUCUGCCUUCAGCCUCCAUGGUGAUUGAGGAAGAAAAAAUUGAGGGAUCCUCUGAAAAAGAUCCAGUUAGCAGCUUAGUGUCACUGGAGGAUUCAAAAGCUUCUGUAGGUGAAGCAGGUGAACAAGUUGAUGUUUCUCAGGGUGGUGAUGUCAUGCCACAGAAUUUAUCAAAGGACUUGGAUCUGCCUUCAUCCUCCAUGGUGAUAGAGGAUGAAAAAAUUGAGGGAUCCUCUGAAAAAGAUCCAGUUAGCAGCUUAGUGUCAGCGGAGGAUUCAAAAGGUUUUGUAGGUGAAGCAGGUGAUCAAAUGAAUGUUUCUUCGGAUGCUGGGGUUGUGCAAGAGACCUUAUCUGAGGAUUCGUGUCUGCCUUCAUCCGUCUUGGUGGCUGAGGAAGAAAAGAUAGAUGGUUCCUCUGAGAAGGAUAUAGUUAGCAACUUAGUGUCAGCGGAGGAUUCAAAAGCUUCUGUAGGUGAAGCAGGUGAAAAAAUUGAUGUUUCUCAGGGUGGUGAUGUCAUGCCAGAGAACUUAUCAAACGACUUAGAUCUGCCUUCAUCCUCUAUGGUAAUUGAGGAGGAAAAAAUUGAGGGAUCCUCUGAAAAAGAUCCAGUUAGCAGCUUAGUGUCAGUGGAGGAUUCAAAAGCUUCAGUAGAUGAACCAGGUGAGCAAGUUGAUGUUUCUCAGGGUGGUGACGUCAUGCCAGAGAACUUAUCAAAGGACUUAGAUCUCCCUUCAUCCUCCAUGGUAAUUGUGGAGGAAAAAAUUGAGGGAUCCUCUGAAAAAGAUCCAGUUAGCGGCUUAGUGUCAGUGGAGGAUUCAAAGGCUUCUGUAGGUGAAGCCGGUGAACAGAUUGAUGUUUCUCAGGGUUGUGAUGUUAUGCCAGAGAACUUAUCAAAGGACUUAGAUUUGCCUUCAUCUUUCAUGGUGAUUGAGGAAGAAAAAAUUGAGGGAUCCUCUGAAAAAGAUCGAGUCAGCAGCUUAGUGUCAGUGGAGGAUUCAAAAGUUUCUGUAGGUGAAGCAGGUGAACAGAUUGAUGUUUCUGAGGGUGGUGACAUCAUGCCAGAGGGCUUAUCAAAGGACUUAGAUCUGCCUUCAUCCUCCAUGGUGAUUGAGGAAGAAAAAAUUGAGGGAUCCUCUGAAAAAGAUCCAGUUAGCAGCUUAGUGUUGGUGGAGGAUUCAAAAGGUUCUGUAGGUGAAGCAGGUAAUCAAAUGAAUGUUUCUUUGGAUGCUGCGGUUGUGCAAGAGAACUUAUCUGAGGAUCCGGGUCGGCCUUUAUCCUCGAUGGUUGAGGUAGAAAAGAUAGAUGAUUCCUCUGAGAAGGAUAUAGUUUUAGUGUCACUGGAGGAUCCAAAAGGGUCUGUAGCUGAAGCAGGGAAUCAGAUAGAUGUUGCUUCGGGUGCUGGGGUUGAGCAAGAACCUGUUUCAGAAGACUUGGGUCUGCCCGCACCUUCCAUGGCAGUGGAGCUGGUCAAGCAAGAACCUGUUUCAGGAGACUCGGGUUUGCCCACGUUUUCCAUGGCAGUGGAGCAAGAAAAGACUGAGGUUUUGUCUGAGAAGGAUCCAAAUGGCAGCUCAGCCUCACAGGAGUUAUAGAUGGUGGAAGAAGAGACUAAAAACCAACCUGAAAUGGACCCAGUUAGCAGUUCAGUAGCACCUGAGGAAUCAAGAGGUUCUGAAGCUGAGUAAAUGUACCAAGUUAGGGUUAUUGUAUAGUUUUGUUUGAAUUUCUUCCCAUAUGUAACUUAUUUUAAAAGGGCUGACUUGAUGCAUUCAGAUAACUAAUUACACUAUUGGUACUGUAAAUAAUUCCAAUUUUAUCAAGAUGCAGCACCAUUAAUGUAAUAUAUUAAUUUGUGUA